AUAAAAGACAAGAUUCAUGUUUGAGUUUCUUGAAAGGAUUAUGCUGCAGGAUCUGAUGAUUUUUGUAUUUAACCAUUGUGUAUGUCUCAAUUCCACAUUGCUGAGCUGGCAAGAAGAGAAGCACUUAGGAAGCUUGCGGUACCAUCUCUUCAUGAUUUCUCUUAUGAGACAGACCCUGGAUUUAACUUAACAAUAAACACAAGGUUUACUGCAGUGGGUGGUUUUUUGUUUGUGUUUUUUUGUGUGGGUGAUGACUGACAUCUAGUGGUUGAGUUGUUUUAAACACCACUUACCCUGUCCAUGGUGCUGAACAUCAAAGACUGAUCUUAUCCGAGCUGCACAACAACAAUACAACGAUAUGGCAUCUUCACAACUGUGUACAUGAUCUGUAGAUCUAAAACGCAAUAGGUGCUUAAUUUGAUCACAGUCAUCAGAGUCCAUCUUUUCUGAUUUAAAUCAGUUUAUCUAUGGGGAAUACCGCUGGAAUUUACCUUUGAGGCGGUACAGUCAUGUUUGGUUCUCAGAAUAUUCCACUACACCAAAAAAAAAAAAAAAAAAAAAAGACCCUGGGAGGGCAAAGCUCAAGAAAGAGCCAGCGUGUUCUGCUGCAACUGCAAACACAUACACAGCAAAACUGUGAAAACGAUGACAAUUUCUGUAUAAAAAGUAACCAACAUACCACACGUCUAUUUAGGAAGAAAUAAAAUGGAGAAAAAAAAGAGCAUAAAGAAGUGAAUCUAAUUAUAUUUUCCUCCUGGGGGAAGUUUUUUACGCCCUCUGACAACUGAGAAUUUAAAGUAAUUUAAACUUCAAUAAUUUAUUAUUCAAUAACAAAUUAACUUCAAUAAUUCAUGUCUACUCGUAGAAAGUUGCUCAGAGAUGUUUUGGUUUGAUCCAGAGGCAUUUUUUUUUUCAUGCCAGUCAACGAAACAGAGCAACAAAAUGAAAGAAUGGUAGGAAAAUCUUCCCUUCUUUGUCAGUUUGUUUCUUUUGCUCUCUAUUUCUUUUUCUUUUUUUUUAAACACUCAGACACUGCUUGAUUAAAAGAUGUCUCUGCAGACAUUUCAUUGUAAUGUUAUGUUGUUGUUUUUUUUUCCUUUUUCAUGUAGUUUGAACUCCAGUCAAUGCUGACCCGGGACAGAGGCUGAAUAUGUUCUCCCUGCCACAGUAAGACCAAAAGCGUCCUGACAAGUGUCAGAAACAAAUGUUUGACUAUUGGAUAUUGAUCUAAAGGGUGGCCCCCCUUCCCUGUCAAGGCCCCUGAAGGCCUCCUCCAAUCACCUUUCUGUUUCCAGUCUUUAUAUGAAUAUGCAUGAGCCCCUGACAGCCCUGGGACCUUGCACCGUGUAGCAGGAAAGCUGCAGUGGACUUAGCUGCCUUGUUUUGACGGCGGCUCCCUCUGAGGAAAGGACUCCAACGUUCACCCUUUCCUACUCCUGGGAAGAUCAUGGCUGGGUUUGCAGGCAUUAAAGGGUCUUUUCUGGUGGUGAUCCUGCAGCUUGUUCUCCUCUGCUUCUCUCAAACGAAUCAAGGGCCCUCUGGCCCACCUGGACCCCCAGGAGUCCCAGGAGUCCCAGGAGUUGAUGGCAUAGCUGGUGAACGGGGGUUAGACGGCCAGGACGGUUUUCCUGGCCCUGAUGGGGAUGCAGGUAAACCCGGUUCUUCAGGGUUACCCGGAAUUCCUGGAAAUGAUGGUUUGACCGGCCCUGUUGGGGACCCUGGGCCUGACGGUCCCCCGGGACAGAAAGGUGAACCUGGAAAGUCCGGACCUCGCGGAGCUGCUGGUGUUGGGCCUGAUGGAUCCCCUGGACCACCUGGGCCUGGAGGACUUCUGGGUGAACUGGGAAAAGUUGGACCUCCUGGAGCAAUGGGUGUGAGAGGGCCACAAGGACCCCGUGGACCAUCGGGGCCCAGAGGUGCAGCUGGGAUGCUUGGUACUUCCGACCUGUGUCCAAACUCUUGUCCACCUGGCACCCCUGGGCAUCCUGGUCUACCUGGUAUGAAGGGUCACAAAGGCGUGAAAGGUGAAGCAGGAGAACCUGGGAAACAGGGACACAAGGGUGAGGAAGGAGACCAGGGAGGUCCAGGAGACGUUGGGUCCCAGGGUCCAGCGGGCCCACAGGGAAUACGUGGAGCCACGGGAAUGAUGGGCCCCAAGGGGGAAAUAGGAGCUCGAGGUCCUGACGGAGAUCCAGGUCCACAGGGAGUUGCGGGGGCGACUGGAGACAGGGGUCAAAGAGGAGUGAUGGGGGAACCUGGGAUUAAAGGUGAAAUGGGUGCUUUAGGGCCACGGGGGAUCACAGGGCUUCCAGGUCCAAAAGGAGAAGCUGGAUUACCCGGUGUUGACGGCCGUGAUGGCAUUCCUGGGCUGCCGGGUGCAAAGGGAAACAUCGGCAGGCCGGGCGUUCCUGGAGAGAUUGGACUUCAGGGGCUUCCUGGUUUGCCUGGAACACCUGGACCAAAAGGGUUGAGUGGCCCAAAGGGAGAUGCUGGGAAGCCUGGGUUUCCUGGGUCAUUGGGAUCAGCUGGAAAACAAGGUGAAAGGGGAGAACAGGGAGAAGUGGGACCCAUCGGACCCAUCGGUGAGCCUGGCAAUCCUGGAGAGCAAGGUCCUGUAGGUCCAGCUGGCAAGCCAGGUGCAAGGGGACCAAAAGGUGAUCCUGGUCUUCCUGGUCUCCCAGGGCCCCCAGGCCUGCCUGGAGUGAAGGGAGAAAGGGGUGAGCGUGGAGAAGCAGGACCCAAAGGAGAACAAGGGGCUCAAGGUGAUGAGGGAAAUCCUGGAGAGCUAGGGGAACUUGGAGAUGCUGGGGAAUCUGGACCAAAAGGAGAGGCUGGUAUUCCUGGUGAACCUGGCAAAAGGGGUCCUGAGGGAAGUCGAGGCCAGCCUGGCAUCGAGGGCCCCCCUGGCACACCUGGACCACGAGGCAUGCAGGGGAACAGAGGUCCUCGGGGGGUCCGAGGGUCUCAGGGGCCUGCGGGCAAGGAGCCCAGCGAUCAGCACAUCAAGCAAGUCUGCAUGCGAGUUAUGCAAGAGCAGCUGGCUCAGUUAGCUGCUAGUCUAAGGAGGCCAGAGUCUGGCAUUGCAGGUUUACCGGGAAAACCUGGCCCUCCUGGGUCUCCGGGACCCCCAGGAGACAACGGUUUUCCAGGGCAAGCUGGAGCAAGGGGCCUUCCAGGACUCAAAGGACCACCAGGGCCAAUGGGAAAUAAAGGUCCCAAAGGUGACAUGGGAGAUAGAGGUUCCAGAGGGCCCACUGUACGGGGACCUAAAGGCCAGUCAGGACCUCCUGGGCUUCCAGGAGAGCCAGGGAAACCUGGGUAUGGUCAAGAUGGUCAGGAUGGGCAGAGGGGACCUCCUGGCGUGCCAGGACAGCCUGGCGUGCCUGGUCCUCCUGGUCCAGCCGGCCUGAACGGCUACUGUGACCCGUCAGCCUGCAACCUCCAGGCAGGAGCUGUCCAGCAGUCUCUGGAUGUGAAGGGACCUGCAGGGAACUAAGAGCCACUCUGGCAGAGACACAAAGACUGCUGGAUUAUCUCCCCGAGCACACAGCAUUUGUCACGCUCUCCUCCCAGGGGCCGUCGUCGCCGUGGUGUCUUUGAUACAUUAACCUCUUUGUGUGAGCAUGUUUCCUGCCAAUAACAUCUCCAUCAAAAGGAGUCAUCAUCUUUGAGUUGUGAAAAAAAAAAAAGGGCUUGUUUCGUUUUGCUUUUCUGGAUGAGAGGUGAUUAAAUAAACCCAGAACUGGGCUCACCUCUCUAAAUGAAAUGAUCAAAAAAUAUAUAUUGUUUAUCCCAUUUUCCUUUUAUCCCAUCCUCUCUUUAUGUGCCUCGUUUUGAGAUUUCUCUUCCCGUUUCACACAGAACAGCUCACAUAAUCCCCCAGUGCCAAUCAGCUUAUUGUGAUUUUGCGUCAUUUUCUCUUAUGAUGUCGUCUUUGUCAAAGGACAAUCAAAGGCGAAUCUGCUAAAAGUCCAAACAUCUGAUUUCCUGCCUGACUGCUUUAUGAGCCAAUAAAACAGAGAGAGGCUGAAAAUCUCAUAAAGUCACACUGACUUUAGUACAUUUUGUAAAUCUGUAAA